CUCAUUCACAGCAGUAACAGAGGUGGUUUGAGGAACCGUAAUGAGCAGGGCUUGUUGACGAGAGGGUGGAGUAUCCCUCUGGAAAACAAACAGGUUGUGAAGUGGUGCUGUGUGAGGAAGAGGGAGGCUAGCAGACGAGAGCCUCUCCACGUCUGGGUCUUCCUGUCGAGGGUUAAUCGAGUCUGUCUGGGCCCACAUGGGUUUCUUAAAAGCAGGCACUUCACGCUCUGGAAACAGAAGAGAAAAGUGCAGCAGCGCCACCUUGUGGACAGAUGUGGUGUUACGUGAAAUGAAAGGCUGAGAUAUCUUUUUGAAUUUAUGACAUUGAUGCCAUGCGGAUCAUGAACACAUAGGAUUGAUCUACGAAAGGAAGAGUUGAUCCAAUGUGACUGCUUUUAAGUGGGUGGUCCGGAUACACUUAUCUAAAGAGAUUAUUUUUGUGUUUGUACAAUUAUCUUGUUCUUUGUGCCGCUAAGAUCCAAAAAUAGCAAAUCUAAAAUUGCUGAUAUUGAAGGAAAUCAAAAAAGUUGACCUUUUAAGCUUUGACACAAUCCUCAGGGUAAAAUCAAAUACAAAUGUAACUAUAUAUUAUACCAGCAUUUCCAUGGAUUUUCCGCUAUAGCAAUGGUUCCUCACUUAAGGAACUUAACUCUUCUUGUUCUUCCUAUUCUUGCAGGUCUUAGUGAGAUGGAGGGAGGUGAAAUGGAGGCAGACAGGAGACAGAUGGGGAGAGGUGCUGUAACAGAAGCCUCGUCUAUCAAUCCCCCAAAAUAUUCCCUGCUGGAAGCUUUCCAAUGAAGCCACUUGGGGAAAAUAAGCAGUGCAAAUGGACACUGAUUGAAGUCACUUUGGAUAAAUGGGUCAGCUGAUUGAAACAUAAUGUGACACUGAUCAAUAAUAACGAUGAUCUGCUGCAGGACAGAGCAGGUCAGUGCAGAGCGAGGCCACCGAGGACACACUGCUCUGCUUCAGGCAGGUUGCGAGCUUUCUGUUUUUAUUCUGUGAAUAAGGAGAAAGAAUGGCGGCGAUGUUUCGAUCAUCCUCUCUGGAAAACACUAAAGAAAUGUCUCUGUUCGAACGGGAAAAAGACAAUUACUUUGUCACAGAUGAGGACUGUCGCAGUGAGGAGUUUGAUCAGGAUUCAGUGUGCAGCGAGGAGGGGAGAGGGGGCCGGAGCGUCCGCAGGUCUCUGUUUGUGGAGAUCUACGGUCUGCAAAGGGAGCCGCACAUCCACUUCUCAAACCAGGAGUACUACAAGAGGCUGGAGGAGCUGAAGAGCGCACACCUGAAGAACAUGGCCGAGCUGGAGAGGAUGUACAUCGGCCAGCAUAGGGAGAGUCCUGCAGAGGAGGAAGAGGAUGGAGGAAGAACCAACAGAGAGGACAGACUGUCUAUCAGCAGUGGCCCUGUCAGGAAACUCCAGAGGAUCAAUUCCCAGGAGGAGCUGGACUUCCACGACUCAUCGAGUGGUUCGGACCAAUCAGAGCUUUACGGAGCGAGCAGCACGGGGGAUCUGGAGCUGGAAAAUCCCAGAACAGCUGGCCAGGGCCGAACCUUUGAGAGAGACUUCCUACUGAGCCCAGAAGAAAUGACGACCCAGAAGCAGUUUCGGUUUAAGCCCUCCUGUCUGAAACCAAAGGGGAGAAUUUCACGUCCAACCGGGGUCAGGGUCAGGUCCAACUUCAACGUCACCGUGCCCAAACCCUUCCAGAUGAUGCUGAGAGAGGAGGAGAGGAAGAGGCACAAGGUGCGCACUCGCUCAGAGAUCCAGCUGGAGAACACUUUGCUGAAACGGGAGCUUGAGGAGCUCCAAGAGUGCCAGAAAAAGUUCAGGGCGUCACCAGCACCGGCGCACAUCCAUCAGCCGUUCUACGAAGUGAUCAGCCGUCGCCUCAGCCAGCGAUCCACCCGCAGCAAAGGAAGCAGAAAGAUCACGAACAGGAACCAGAUCAUUGCCGAUGCUUCUCCACAGCCUUUCCAUUUCCUGGAGAGGGAGAGGAUGAAGAGGGAGGCGAAGAUUGUUGCAGAGCUGGGGAACCUGGGGCUGAAAGAGGAACGACAGGCCUUUAAGGCGAGACCCAUGCCCAGCUCGGUGUAUGGAAGCAAACACAAGGCGAACAUCAAGACCACAAGCCACCAGUUUACAGACAUCUGCACACAUCUGCACACGGAGGGUCAAAGGGACCCAAACUCUGACGCCUCUCCUGACUCCUGUAAGCCUCAGACAUGGCCGUCCUCCAAGCCAGUGAAGAAGCAGAUAGAGGUUUCCAUUGAGAUGGUGAAAGGAGAGGGAGUGGUGUCAGAUUGACUCGCUUAAAGCCAAAAACAUGUAGUGACCUCUGCAGCCAGGGACGGCUGAGCGCGUUAGGACGGACUGUAUCACUAUCAGAGACUGUGUUCAUAAAUAUAAGACACACAAGGGAAGAAACAAAGAGCUACGUCCAAAUAGUUUUUUGUAGAUUAGUUUAAGUCUAUAACAAAAAAGGUGUUGUCUUCAUAAGAUAUAUCUUGGUAAGCUCUUUACUUUGACGGAUGGAUGUGUUGGGGGGGGGGCAGGUCUCUUCUGCACAUAGUGGGCAUUAUACGUUUUUAUUUAUUUUGCAUGUUGUAGCUGACAAAGUGGAAUGACACAAUGCACUAUUUCCCUAAAGAUGGGAGCAAUUAUUAUUGUCUUCUUCUUCUUCUUCUUUCUGUGUAUGUAAAAUGUGUCAAUGUAAAAAUGUGUCAUUAAAAUUAUGUACACUUUCCCCCUGA